ACUAGUUGCUAUAGCUCUUAUUGAUGUGGGAUAAAAAGCAGUACUGAGUGAGAUUUUACGAUGACUAGUUUUGAUUUAUUUUCUCCUCGGCCAUGGAAAAUUUUUGCCACCAAUAUUCCUCUCCUAAUCAGCCCAAAGAGGCAAACUUUUCAGAGUCUUCGUUGCUGGUUCCAUGGCACAUACCUUCUCAUCAAUAUGUAUCAACCUCUACAGCUUUCCAAUUCUGUGGAUUACCAUCGCUUUCUCUACCGAUUGAUAAUCAUGCAGAGGAUAAAGCAAUGGCCGCUUCUAAGAGCCACAGCCAAGCAGAGAAGCGUCGUAGGGACAGAAUUAAUGCACAGCUUGCAACUCUUAGGAAACUAAUUCCCAAGUCCGAUAAGAUGGACAAGGCGGCUUUGUUAGGAAGUGUGAUUGAUCAAGUGAAGGAUCUGAAGAGAAAAGCAGUGGAAGUGGGAAAAUCCUUGAUAGUUCCAACAGAAGUUGAUGAGAUAAUUAUUGAGAGUGAUCUUUCUGAUGAAGAUGUGAAUGUCAUGAACCUCACCAACAAAAAAAGCAGUAAAAGUGACAACAACAUUUACAUAAGGGCAUCGGUUUGCUGUGACGACAGGCCAGAGCUUUUCUCGGAGCUCAUUCAGGUCCUCAAAGGCCUAAGACUCACACCAGUUAGAGCCGAUGUGGCUAGUAUUGGUGGCAGAAUCAAGAGCGUUCUCAUUCUUUGCUCUAAGGAUCAUGCUCAAGAAGCCGUUUCCAUAAACACUCUAAAACAGUCGCUUAAAUUGGUUUUGAGCAAAAUUGCUUCAGAAUCUAUGGCUUCAAAUUGUCGCAUUAGAAGCAAGAGGCAGAGGUUCUUCUUGCCUUCAUGCAAUCAAUAAUUAAUAAAUUUGCGUAACAUUUUUUAUUUUUGGUUUACUCGUUAUUGUUAAUAUAUAUUGUUUUUUAAAGUUGAGGGUGUUGUGGUGGAGUCGGGUGUGUAAUUACCGUUAAUUUGUGUCUUUAUUGUUAAUAUUUUAAUCCGCGGAGUCCGGACAUAUGCUUCAAUCAUACAAUGUAUUAUGGGCGUGUGAGCGAGAUCUGAGUGCAAAAGCAAGAGAUGUGAGAAUAAUACAUCAAGUGGUUUCUUAUCAUAGAAAAAGGAGACGUAUGAUCACUUUUCU